AUGGCUGCCAUCAACAAGAUUGCCACCAACUCGCCCUCCCGGCAGAACCCCUCCGAGCUGGAGACCGCGAUUGCCGGUGCUCUGUUCGACCUCGAGAGCAACACUCAGGACCUGAAGGCCUCCCUUCGCCCCCUGCAGUUCGUCUCUGCCCGUGAGGUCGAGGUCGGCCACGGCAAGAAGGCCAUCGUUGUCUUCGUCCCCGUCCCCCUCCUGCAGAGCUUCCACAAGAUCCAGCAGCGCCUGACCCGCGAGCUGGAGAAGAAGUUCUCUGACCGCCACGUCCUCUUCGUUGCUCAGCGCCGCAUUCUGUCCCGCCCCAAGCGCUCCGUCAACUCCCGCACCAACCAGACCCAGAAGCGCCCCCGUUCCCGCACUCUGACCGCUGUCCACGACAACAUCCUCGCUGACCUGGUCUACCCCGUUGAGAUCGUCGGCAAGCGCAUCCGCACCAAGGAGGACGGCUCCAAGACCCUCAAGGUCGUUCUGGACGAGAAGGAGAAGGGUGGUGUUGACCACCGCCUCGAUGCCUACGGCGAGGUCUACCGUCGGUUGACCGGCCGUACUGUCGUGUUCGAGUUCCCCCAGAGCGGCGCCGAGUACUAA